GCCUCAGUCUGGCUCGGUCGUCGCAUUACUACGACGCGUUCGAGCGCGCUUCACCCGUCACUCGCGCCUCUGCCGUACGACUCGCUUCUCGCGGCGAAAAUAGUGAGCUCGGACCGGGUCCUGUUGCCCCGGUGCGAGGACAGUGGUAGGUGCCGGCAUGGUGCCCGCUCUGGCGCUGCUGCUGCUUGCGCUGGCCCCUCUCGGGCCGGCCGCGGCGAGGCGACACGCUCCCGACCUGCGGGAAGAUGAGCCCGCACGUCGCACCACUAGACCUGCUGAAUGUCAAUUUGGCAAACAAGCAAAAGAGCUUGGAUCAACGUGGUUUGCUGACUUAGGUCCUCCGUUUGGUGUCAUGUACUGCAUCAAAUGUGAGUGUAUACCGGUACAAAAAAAGCGGCGAGUGGUUGCGAAGGUCCACUGUCGGAAUAUAAAGAAUGAAUGUCCAGAGCCUUCCUGUGACACCCCGGAGUUGCUCCCUGGCCGCUGCUGCAAAACAUGCCCUGGGGAUGUUAACUCUCCCGAUAUUGUUCAAGAAGAUAGUCCCACCAUCGUAAUUGGACAAGAAGAAGAAGAAUUGAGCAUGAAACAUUUCGGGGCACUCUUAACGGGCAGGUCUCCUCUGUGCAUUCGGCGCGAUGACAUGACAGGCGUGCCUGUAGCGGCUGGGGUUGCUACAGCACGCUUCACGUUUCGACGGCGCCAUCUCUUCUGGUCCGUUCUAUUAGGACCAUCUAUGGUCAUUCAGCCAAGAGCUCUAGCCUUUUUGGAUAGAGGAGGACGGAUGCUUUUGGAGCACCCGUUGAAGAAGUCACCGGGUAUACAUGCUACUUAUGAAGAUAAGACGGAUAAGCUAUGUGGUGUGUGGCGCAGAGUACCACGAGAGUACAAGCGCUUGUUAAGAGAGGGCUCCCUUUACGUGGCCCUAAUAUGGGGAGAUGAGAGGAAUAAUUCCAUGGAUAGUGCUCUCAGUGGGCGGAUCAGCAGAUACCCAGCACUAUCAACAGAGAUGUUCACAUCUCUCCUCGAGCCGGAACACGCGCCGGUAUCCAUUGGCAACGGCGCGUGCGACGACUACCGCGUGCCCGGACAGGAGGAGGGCUGGUGGGGCGGCACUGCUGUAGUCACGGGCGCGGCUGGAGCUGCUCCUAGCCUACACCUGGCGAUUGUAUUCAAUGGAGUGUUCAAACCCGGCUCGAGGGAACAGGCGAUACGCGUGCUCCUGACGCUGCCGGAGAAGAACCAGACUAUCAUUGAUGAGAUCCAAAAAAUGAACAAGCCAAGCUACGAGUUCAACGUCAUAGAAGUGUCCACACCAGUAUCUGCAGCGGAGUUAAGAUCGUUAGCCAGGGGCAGGCUAUUACUCUCAGUGGAAAGUCUGAACAGUCCGGAGCGCCGUAUAUCAGGCGCGGUGCGACAACGCGCGGCGUGUGAAGUGUUCCACGCACCACUGAUAGCUGAGAGAUUACCUGCUGCUCCUGUACCAGAGGGAUUGGCGUUACUGUAUAUAGACAAGGACGGAUCUCUGGUGUAUGAUAUACAAAUAGACAAUCUCGGCCUCACAGAUCCAAAGAUAACCCUUGUAGAAGAGCAAGGAAAACGUCAUUCCCAAGUUGAAAUAUUGGACACGCGUAUGGGAGUACUGGCUCGACCUAGUGCUAGAAUAUUCCCUCCGCUUUAUGAGGACCAACUUGCAGUCCAUAUUGGAUCUGAUACUGGUCCACCACUUCUCCGAGGAAGACUCCUCUCCCGUUCACUGCCAGACGCAGCGGGAUCUGGUCCAGCGCUACUGCGGCGAACUGAUGCUCGGCUACCACCUUCUGUUACACCAGUGGCUGGCUUGGCUUGGAUCUCUGUGGACGCAUUGUGUGGAAUUAAUUAUGAAGUGUUUGUAAACGGCUACAACAGCGCCUGGUCGUCCUGGCUGGAAGGUCACGCUAUCGGCAGUACUGGACCUCGAGCACUUUCAGGCUCCGAAGGGUCUAUCCUGGAGCCGAGUCCCUCAGAGCUGGCGGCGUUGCACGCUGGUGCUGCGUACUUGAACAUACGGGCUGCGGAUAAUGGCACUGAGUUCAUGCGCACGCGGUUACCUCAGAUAAGCGUGCCACCAUCAUGUUUGCCGUCCGUCCCGUACACAGUGGACAACGAGUUGAGCGCCAACUACCCGCCCACACACGUCAACGUGCCGCCCGACAACUCGCUGUCCAAUACUGCUUCCUGCUUCUACGCGGGACGAUCCUAUGAGGACGGCGCGCAAUGGAUGGCCACUGAGUCGUGCCACAUGUGCGGGUGCGUGCAGGGCGCGCUGCGCUGCGACCCGGUGCGCUGCCCGCCCGCGCCCUGCGCCGCGCCCACGCUGCUGCCGCCCGGCCAGUGCUGCCCCAUCUGCACCAACUCAACAACAGCCGUCUGGAACGAGUCCCACGGCUGUCACCUAGCAGGCCAGUACCACGCGCCGGGCUCGUCCUGGCACCCGUACCUCGUGCCCGGCGGGUACGACACGUGCGCGGUCUGCACGUGCGAGUUCGCGACGCGACAAGUGAAGUGCCCCCGGGUCAAGUGUCCCCCGCUACGGUGUGCGGAGAAGGACGCGUAUCGGCCGGAUAAGAAGUCCUGUUGUAGGGUCUGUCCUGAGGUGAAAGCAAAGAAAGCGGAAGAAGAAACGCCCAAAGACCAAGGCGCGCCGCGCACUGCGGAGGAGAUCCUGGCGGAGGGCGGGUGCAAGUUCCCCGACGGGCCGCUGCCCAACGGCAAGGAGGUGCACCCCUCCAUACACUCGCACGGCGAGCAGCGCUGCGUCACCUGCCGCUGCAAGGACGGCGAAGUGACGUGUGUCCGCAAGCGCUGCAACCGCGCGGCGUGUGCGCGGCGGCGGCGCGGCGACGCGUGCUGCGCCUGCGCGCGCCACCGCCGCCAGCGCGCGCCGCGCCCGCCCAGCUGAGCGCCGGGCGUCACACUCUCAAGUCUCACUGUCAAGUGAUGUUAAUAGUAGUGCUGGUCUACGUGGAUAUAUGCAACGCGUACAACGCUGUUUACAACAAGUAUGAACUUAGUGAUAGUCUACAUGGACUCAUGGGCGACACGCUCUUAUCAACUGGUGUUAAGAAUUGUGCUAGUGUACAUGGACUCUUACCACGCGUACUGACGCAACACACGCGACACGUUCUACUAACGCUAGUGUACGCGGGCCUUUAUAUUCAAUAACAUUGUUGUUCAAGUGUACGAGGAUACUUAGCACGCGCCACUCGAUAAAGGUAACAUUCUACUUUCGCUAUUUUGUACUAAGUUGCAUGAGCGUGAGCAAGUGUGCGCGUACCUUUAUAUGCGUGUAUUAAGCACUAUUUUGAACUAUAGCUGUGUUGUGAUCAGUGAUUGGGGAACAUUCGAGUGUCUUACAUCUAAUGCGAACAGUUAGACUGGCGCCCGUAGCCUUGAACUGUAGCCACAGUAGUACUCGAAGAUAUUUACUAUACGAUCCAACUGAGAAUGGGAGCGAAAUAGCGCCAUAUUGUGACGUCACUGUUGUUAAUUCAAACCAAUUAAAACUUGUAUGUACAUCUUAUGUGAAAAUCGGACAAAAUAAAAAAAAAAGUUUUUGAUAUGCAAAAAGGUUUCUAGCAAAUAGUAUUUAUAUAAUGAUUAAUGACAUUUGACACACAAGGCUAUUGAUGUUUCUAUUCUGAGUUGGAUCGUGCAGUAAUGACUUGUAAAGCUUAAUAUCUUUGGGUAGAGAGCGUAGUUGUAACGUUGCCGACUUAGCGAGUUACAAACUCAGUAGUGUAGUGUAGUGACGAUAUUGUAACGACAGACCUUUACUCAAUUUGAUGUUCAGGUUAUUUAGGUGUUGCGUAACUAUAGCUUAAGUUUAAAGACUGAUUUAUACUCGGAGUAAACGUCUGUCAUAGUGUCCUCAUAGUAUUUAUAUUUUAUUAGGUCUUUAUGAUGCAUUAUGAAGCUUAUUGCUUUCUAUCAAUCCUUAAACGAUUGGUUCUAAACAUUUUCAAAGUUUCGGUAAAUAAAAUUAUUUAUACAAGUUUGUCGCGCAAGUCGGCAAUGAAUAUGCGUCUUUAAGAUGCGGCAUUCGGCCGCGCGACUUUGCCUUCCCUUAACUUUAGGCGAUUUCAAUAUACUUCCCACCGGUAAAUAUUAUAAUUGGUAUUAUGUAUCCAGUAAAUUAGGCGCAUGGAACGGCCCGAUGUGAUGGAAUUCUAAAUUAUGGCAAUAAAGAUUUUUAACGGAAUUUACUAACUUAUUUUCUAUAAAAUUUUAAAGAUUUGAUUUUAUUUAUAAGAUUUCUUUGACAGUUUUGUGAUAUCAAAUUAAUAAGAUAUUAAAUUCGGAACUAAUAAGAACUUGUCUCUCGAUCACGUGGGCAUCUUGCUAUGUAAUGGAGCGCGGUCGAUGUUAAGAUGUGCCAUAUUUUCUUAAAUGUAAAUAAUAAAUUAUUAAUCUAUAUUUACCUGCUCUAUGUGCAUAUUUAAGGAAUUUCAUGUAAAUCGAAUCGAUGUAAUCUUUAUUGGAAACAUCACAUUAUAUAAUUGGUUAUAUUUAUUGUGCAUUUGCUUAGUGUUGUGUAAUGCGAGCGUUUAUUUGAACGUUAAAUAUUACCGUAUUUAAUCAAUCUGUGUUAACGUUUUUAGUAUAAGUAUAAUGUAUUAUUGUGAAUGUUGGCCAGAGCUUGUAAAUAUUAGAUAUGUUAUAUAUCUUAUUAGAUUACUCUAUACGUUCUAUUUAAAGCAUGUUGCUGAUAUAAGAUGUCUAGUGUAAGUAUAUUAUCUGAAGGGUGACUAGUUUUGUUUAAUUACUAUAAGUAAAUAGAGUUAUAGUUACGUAAUUAAGGAAGCUAGUCGAAAUAUGAUGAUGUGAUGAACGCCAUGUAGGUAGUACGUCUGUCUUAGUUAUUUCUUAAGAAUGGAUUGCUUUUACGGCACGAAUUUCUAUGGAUUUUGAUAUCACGAGACAUUGCCAAAAAAUGUGAAAUUGAUGUAUUUUGUCGUGUUUGUUGUGGGUUCUAGUCCAUCAAAAUUGUAAAUGUAUUAUAGUCACUCACCUGAUAUUGGCUACCUUUGUAUUUUAUUUCGUACGAUUAUUGUAAUUCGUUGCGCGAGUUACGGUUUUAGUUUGUUUAAUUAUCUAACAAGUAGAGUAAACCUAUGGCUUGCUAAUAACAUAACUAAUAGCCAUAAUGGGUACUAUGAAUAUGCUUGUAUUGCAUUGUUUUAUUUAAUAAUAGUUAAACUUCCUGCAAGUGUAUAAAGGGAGGAAUAUGGUAUUUUAAAUUUUGGCUUCAGUGUUAAAUAUACAUAUCAGAAUAUUAUACUAUUUUUAUCAUGUAAAGUGCAUAAUUGUGGCUGAUUAAGCAGCUUAUCAAUAUUAUGUAAAUCAUCAUACCGUUUUACUAUACAUUAAAUUACUUGUCCAAUCCAAAA